GUCCCGAAAAAAUAAACCAAAGUCGCCAGAACAGAAAAAAACAAGAGCAAGAAAAUCUAGUUGGAAAAAAACAGAGGGGGGCUUAAUCUCUUCUGCAAGUUAUUUGGAUUUGUUGGAGGGGUUUAAGCUUCUCAUUUGUCAUUCAAUAUUUUUGAUUAAAUUAUUUUUUGGAAAGAAAUAUCGGCAAAAAUUGUAGUGGAAGGAGGAGAAGUUGGAAGGUUUUGUGGUUGCUGGAAUUGGAUUGUUUCUGUGGGAAGGGCUGGGAGUAGAUCCAGAAGCAAACCCAAGUCCCUGAUCUGAUCAGUUUAUCUGUAAAAAUGGCUGCUGCUAUUAGUCUUGUGGUUGGAUCUCUUGUUUGGAUCGAGGAUCCUGAAGAAGCUUGGCUCAAUGGUGAAAUUGUGGAGAUUAAAGGUGAAAACUACAAGGUUCUCUGCACUUCAGGAAAGACGGUUGUCGUUAAAGCCUCAAAUGUCUAUCCUAAAGAUGCUGAGGCCCCACCCUGUGGAGUGGAUGAUAUGACCAAGCUGGCUUAUUUGCAUGAACCAGGUGUCCUAGAUAAUUUACGGUCAAGAUAUGAUAUCAAUGAAAUAUAUACGUACACAGGGAGCAUUUUGAUUGCUGUGAACCCUUUUUGUAGACUACCUCAUCUGUAUGAUAGCCAUAUGAUGGAACAAUAUAAAGGGGCUGAUUUCGGUGAACUAAGCCCACACCCGUUUGCUGUUGCAGACGCAGCAUAUAGACUUAUGAUUAAUGACGGAAUAAGUCAGUCAAUAUUGGUUAGUGGUGAGAGUGGGGCUGGUAAAACAGAAAGCACCAAACUGCUUAUGCGCUAUCUUGCCUACAUGGGAGGGAAAGCUGCUGCUGAAGGGAGGAGUGUUGAGCAGCAAGUCUUGGAGUCAAAUCCUGUUUUAGAAGCAUUUGGGAAUGCGAAGACUGUUAGAAACAAUAAUUCCAGUCGUUUUGGUAAGUUUGUGGAGCUUCAGUUUGAUAAGAAUGGGAGGAUCUCCGGGGCUGCAAUAAGAACAUACUUGCUUGAAAGAUCGCGUGUUUGUCAGGUGUCCAGUCCUGAAAGAAACUAUCACUGUUUCUACAUGCUUUGCGCUGCACCACCUGAGGAUGUUCAAAGGUUCAAAUUGGGACACCCAAAAACAUUUCACUAUUUGAAUCAAUCAGAUUGUAUUGAAUUGGAUGGGCUUGAUGAUGCCGAAGAAUACAUUGCUACAAGGAAGGCAAUGGAGGUUGUUGGAAUAAGUACUGAAGAACAGGAUGCCAUAUUUCGAGUUGUGGCAGCAAUUCUACAUCUCGGAAACAUUGAAUUUGCAAAGGGAAAGGAAAUGGACUCGUCCAUGCCGAAGGACAACAAGUCUUUGUUCCACCUAAAAACUGCUGCUGAGCUUUUCAUGUGUGAUGCGAAGGCGCUAGAAGAUUCUCUUUGCAAACGUGUUAUUGUUACGCGUGAUGAAACAAUCACAAAAUGGCUGGAUCCAGAAGCCGCAGCUGUCAGUAGAGAUGCUUUGGCUAAAGUUGUGUACUCGAGAUUGUUUGAUUGGCUGGUGGAUAAGAUUAACAAUUCAAUUGGUCAGGACCCUGACUCAAAGUUCUUAAUUGGAGUUCUCGACAUUUAUGGAUUUGAGAGUUUCAAAACUAACAGUUUUGAGCAAUUUUGCAUCAAUUUGACGAAUGAGAAGCUUCAGCAACAUUUCAAUCAGCACGUUUUCAAAAUGGAGCAAGAGGAAUAUACAAAAGAAGAGAUUGAUUGGAGUUACAUUGAAUUUGUUGACAACCAAGAUAUCCUAGAUAUGAUUGAAAAGAAACCUGGUGGCAUAAUUGCUCUUCUCGAUGAAGCUUGUAUGUUUCCAAGAUCGACACAUGAAACAUUUGCUCAGAAGUUAUAUCAAACAUUCAAAAAUCAUAAGCGCUUCACCAAACCAAAAUUGUCACAAAGUGACUUCACAAUUUGCCAUUAUGCUGGUGAUGUCACUUAUCAAACUGAAUUGUUUCUGGACAAGAACAAGGACUAUGUGGUUGCUGAGCAUCAAGCGCUUUUGAGUGCUUCUACAUGUUCCUUUGUCUCGGGCAUGUUUACGUCGUUAGUUGAGGAUUCAUCCAAGUCGUCAAAGUUCUCUUCAAUAGGUUCUCGGUUUAAGCAACAACUGCAACAAUUGCUUGAAACUCUCAGUUCUACGGAGCCACAUUAUAUUCGGUGUGUAAAACCCAACAAUGUUCUUAAGCCAGCAAUCUUUGAGAACAAAAAUGUUCUGCAACAACUUCGUUGUGGGGGGGUCAUGGAAGCAAUCAGGAUAAGCUGUGCUGGAUAUCCUACUAGAAAAGCUUUUGUUGAAUUUGUAGACCGAUUUGGCCUCCUUGCACCCGAAGUUCUGGAUGGGAGCACUGAUGAGGUCAAUGCUUGCAAGAAACUUUUAGAGAAGGUGGGCCUAGAAGGCUAUCAGAUUGGUAAAACGAAGGUCUUCCUUCGGGCUGGUCAGAUGGCGGAAUUGGAUGCUCGUAGAAGUGAGGUCUUGGGAAGAUCAGCUAGUAUUAUUCAAAGGAAAGUUCGUUCUUAUUUGGCUAAAAGAAGUUUUAUUUUGCUCCGUCUUUCUGCAAUACGACUCCAAGCUGCUUGUAGAGGACAUCUUGCUCGACAUGUCUAUCAGGGCAUGAGGAGAGAAGCUUCCAGUCAGAUGAUCCAAAGGCAUUUGCGCAUGUAUCUUGCUAGGAAAGCUUACAAAGAAUUGUAUUGCUCUGCUGUAUCUAUUCAGACCGGUAUGCGAGGGUUAACUGCACGUAAUGAGCUACGCUUUAGAAGGCAGACCAGAGCAGCAAUUAUCAUCCAGAGUCACACUCGCAAGUUCUUGGCACGGUUGCAUUAUAGGAAGACAAAGAAAGCUGCAAUUACCACACAAUGUGCUUGGAGAGGAAAGGUUGCUUGUAUGGAACUACGAAAGCUUAAGAUGGCUGCAAGGGAAACGGGAGCUCUCCAAGCUGCCAAAAAUAAAUUAGAAAAGCAAGUUGAAGAAUUGACAUGGAGAUUACAGCUGGAGAAACGCAUAAGGGCCGACUUGGAAGAAGCCAAAACACAAGAAAAUGAAAAACUACAGUCUGCUUUGCAAGAGAUGCAAGUUCAAUUUAAGGAAACGAAGGCGAUGCUUGAGAAGGAGCGUGAAGCCUUAAAAAGAGCAGAAAAAGUAGUCUCGGUAAUACAGGAGGUUCCAGUUGUUGACCAUGGCUUGAUGGAGAAGCUAACCAAUGAAAAUGAACAACUUAAGGCUUUAGUGAAUUCACUGGAGAUAAAAAUUGACGAAACAGAAAAGAAAUAUGAAGAGGCAAACAAAAUGAGUGAAGAAAGGUUGAAGCAAGCUUUGGAGGCAGAAUCACAGAUUAUUAAGUUAAAGACGAACAUACAAAGGUUAUUUGAGCUUGAAGAGAAAUUUGCUGACAUUGAGUCUGAAAACAAAAUUCUUCGGCAACAGCAAAUAAGUACACCUGUUAAAAGGGCACAUGAGCACCCACCAAUUCCACCAACUCCAGAAACUCAUAGAGUAGAAAAUGGUCACCAUUUGAGCAAAGAGAGCAGAGCCAAUGAACCACAAAGUGCAACACCGAAGAAGUUUGGCACUGAAUCUGAUAGCAAGUUGAGGAGAUCACUUGUUGAACGUCAACAUGAGAGUGUUGAUGCUCUUAUCAAUUGUGUCGUGAAAAACGUUGGGUUCAGUCAAGGAAAGCCUGUUGCGGCCAUUACCAUCUACAAGUGUCUUCUCCACUGGAAAUCUUUUGAGGCUGAAAGGACUAGUGUGUUUGAUCGCCUCAUCCAGAUGAUUGGUUCCGAAAUUGAGAACCAAGACAACAAUGAUCACAUGGCAUACUGGCUAUCAAAUACAUCUGCAUUAUUGUUCUUACUCCAACGAAGUCUGAAGGGUGCUGGUGCAAAGAAACCACCCGCUCCAACAUCUCUCUUUGGGAGGAUGACCAUGGGUUUUCGCUCAUCCCCUUCUUCUGCAAACCUUGCACCUGCACUUGAUGUAGUACGCCAAGUGGAAGCCAAGUACCCAGCAUUAUUAUUCAAGCAGCAGCUUACAGCAUAUGUGGAGAAAAUAUAUGGCAUUAUUCGAGACAACUUGAAAAGAGAGUUGAAUCCAUUGCUUUCUUUGUGUAUCCAGGCACCAAGAGCGUCAAAGGGUGUACUAAGAUCUGGUCGGUCCUUUGGGAAAGAUUCUCCAGCGAGUCACUGGCUGAGCAUUAUUGACAGCCUUAGCACUUUCCUUAGCACAUUGAAAGAAAAUUUUGUGCCUCCUGUUCUUGUCAAGGAGAUCUUUACUCAGACUUUCUCCUAUAUUAAUGUUCAACUGUUUAAUAGUCUUCUUCUACGUCGUGAAUGUUGUACAUUCAGCAAUGGGGAGUAUGUGAAAUCUGGAUUGGCUGAAUUGGAGCUGUGGUGUUGUCAAGCAAAAGAAGAGUAUGCGGGCUCAUCGUGGGAUGAACUUAAGCACAUAAGACAAGCAGUUGGUUUCCUGGUCAUACAUCAGAAGUACAGAAUUUCAUAUGAUGAAAUCACCAAUGAUCUGUGCCCUAUCCUGAGUGUUCAACAGCUGUACAGAAUAUGUACUCUCUAUUGGGAUGAUAACUACAACACCCGAAGUGUAUCUCCAGAUGUAAUUUCCAGUAUGAGAGUACUUAUGACUGAGGACUCGAACAAUGCUGUCAGCAACUCAUUUUUGUUGGAUGACAAUUCCAGCAUCCCCUUCUCGGUUGAUGACCUCUCUACGUCCCUGCAAGAGAAGGAGUUUUCAGAUGUCCAACCAGCAGAGGAACUUCUUGAGCAUCCUGCCUUUGAGUUUUUACAUGAGCGAGGCUAAGGAAGCUUGGAAUUGAUUUUCCCUAGUUUUCUCUAGGUAGGACAGUAAUUCAAAUUCUAUUGCAUUUGUUUGUAAAUCUUUUUUCUUCCUUUUCUUUCCCCGUUUUAUAUCCAUGCCCCUUCAGUAAAAUUCUUUAUUCAUUCUUUUAUUUGGGCAUUCCAAGUGUAAAAUCCUCGCCGUCGAAAGGGGAAGCAGAUACAUGGAAGUGGGUGUGCAUUCUUUUUUCUUUUCUCCUUUGUCUAGUUUCUUCUGCCAAUCUAUGCAGGAAGAUAGAUAUUUGGAGUACACAUACUUUCUUGUAGUGUGGUGGCUGAGCUAUUUCUCUCUCCACCAAUUUUUUGUUUGUACAAAGAAACAAUAUAUAUACAAGUCUUACUACAUAAUUUUAAGGUGUUUUUUGGAUCA